AUGCUUAUUUAUAUUGGAAUUUGGUGCCAUCAUGCUGUUGAUCUCAGCCAUGGCGGCUUGUUGGAAAUCAACAUUGCGGAAAUAGGUAGUGAUUCUCUCCUCGCGUACAUCGCCAACAGGUCAUCAACCAUGCCAACAAGCAUUCUGUACUCAGCAGGGUGUCUACGCCACCUCCAGCUUUGUGGGAACUUACUAACCAACACAGGGCUGAACGCCAUUCGUGACGGUUGUCCUCACCUCGAACAUCUCGAUUUGCGCAAAUGUUCCAACCUUGACCCUGUAGGUAACCUAGAGAAGCGUUGUCUUGAGAAGAUCAGAGAUUUGAGACUCCCCAAGAAUUCAACUGCUGAUGGUUACCCAUUUGAUAUCGCAACAGUCAGUUUUGCUCUGUCAUGUUAA